AUGGUCAUGGCGAAGCAGCAGCAGCAUGACAAGGGAUCGCCAAAGCAAGCUCGCAACGAGCCGGCGCCGUUCCGGUUGGAGCACUGUUGCGACUGCGACGAUGCCCGCCGUCUGGCCGACGAUGGGUCGAAGGGUGCGGGGCCUGCUGGCCCGCUCCACCUGACUCUCGGCCCACUCGGCUCGGCCGCCGACCGCCGCCGCUGCUCGUGCGGUGUCGCGCCAGCGCCGGCGGCGCCCGUGACGGUGGCCGUCCUCCGCGGGUCCCGGUACCUGAGGCCGGCGCAGGAGCUGCUGUGCGAGGUCGUGCGCGUGGCCGACCUGGCGGCUGGCGAGGACGAAGACGAGGAUCAGGUGACGGAGCGGCUCGAGGGCGGCGGUUCUCACCGGUCGGUGCGUCGGGUGGCCGGGAACGACGGCGACGGCGACGGCGACGGCGUCCAGGCCAAGCUCCUCGGCCUGCUCAGCGAGCUGGAGAGCCGGCGGGAGCGCUACUUCGGCGAGCUGGGGCGCGUGGUGUCGUCGUUCGAGCCGGCGCUGGGAGACGGCGCGGCGGCGGCGUACACGUCCCUGAUGGCGCGGGCCAUGGCGCGCCACUUCGGCAACCUGCGCCGCGUCAUACUGCGCAGGCUCAGGCUCCACGCCGUCGCCGCGGCGAGGAGGUCUCUGCGGCGCGGCGGCGAGGAACACCACGACGAUGACGACGACGAGGUGACUGAGGAGCUGGUGGAGAGGGUGGCCCGGCGGACGAAGCUAGCCGCGGCGGCGCGGGCGGAGCAGGCAUCGUGGCGGCCGCUCCGCGGCCUGCCGGAUGGCUCCGUGGCCGUGCUCCGGGCGUGGCUCUUCGACCAUUUCCUCCACCCGUACCCCGACGACGGCGAGAAGCUGAGGCUGGCAGUGACCACCGGCUUAAGCAGGCGCCAGAUAUCCAACUGGUUCAUCAACGCGCGCGUGCGGCUGUGGAAGCCCAUGAUCGAGGAGAUGUACAAGGACGAGUUCUCCGAGGGUUCCGCCGUCUCCAGGGACGACGACGCCAGCGCCUCCUCGUCUUCUUGA